CUUUAUUCUGAAAUGUAGCAUGACGCAAGCGGAAACAGAUGCGUGCUGCUUUUUAUUCAGCGUCCUGCUUCCUUCUGCUUGUAAUAUUCCUCCAGUCUUCCUACAGUAGAAGAUUAUACCUAUGGCUGAUAAAGGCUCUCUGGAGGAUUGUCCUACUGAAAUUACAGAAUAUCUGACUGGUUUUGUAUCUUCUGUGAGCUCAGUCCAGGAUGUGAUCCAAACACUUAUGUCUGUGUCGAAAGGUGACCAUCUAAAGCUUGGAGCCCUGGAGCAAGCCAAACUGGACUUGAUGUCAGCAUAUGCCCUCAACUCCCUGUUCUGGAUGUAUUUGGUAACUCAAGGAGUGAAUCCGAAAGAUCAUGGAAUCAAACAAGAACUGGAGAGAAUUCGAACCUAUAUGAACAGGAUAAAAGAGAUUACAGAUAAGAAAAAAGCGUCUCGUCUGGACAAAGGUGCAGCAUCUCGGUUUGUCAGGAACGCACUGUGGGUUGGUGAGGACGGUAAAACCAGAGAGAGUAUGGAUAAGCACAGCAAGCCAAAUGAUGGAAACUAAGUUAAGAAUCAAGUAAAACUGCUGGGACUAUAUUACACAUGCACACAAUGUCUUUAUACUUGAUUAUUGUUUGUUUGUAAAAAAAAUUGCAAUCAGAUAAUACCAAACACAUUUUUAGGAUAGGAUUGAGAAGUAGAUACUUGCAGGUAGCCUCAAUGAAGGUGUGAUGUUUAGUAGAAGGGAUUAGUAUACAUAUUUGAGAAUGUGCUGCUUUUAAGUUCUUUGUGUUGAGAAUUUGGAUACAAAGAAAAAAUUCAAACUGUCUUGUUCCCCUCAUGUUUUCAAUAUUUAUAUUAAACAGUUUCAUUGUGGAUGUGAAAACA